AUGAGGCUUCCAAGAUCGGUGUGGAAGUGUAUAGAGGUAGAAUUGGAGUCAGAGGAAGGUGCUCGCCGUGUCAUUUACAUUUUGACAAAGAUCAAUCAUCUAAACAUUGUAAAGCUUGAAGGAAUAUACUAUGGAGCUAAUCCUUAUCUUGUAUACGAAUUCGCUGAGAAUGGUAGCUUAAGGGACUGCUUGUCAAAUAAGAAAUUGGAUAGGCAGCUUACAUGGUUAAGAAGGAUGCAGAUUGCUUUUGAUCUAGCAGAUGCCCUUCACUACUUACACUUCUGCACAGCACCAGCCUUUGUUCAUCAAAAUAUAAACACUAGAAAUGUGCUUAUAACUGCCAAUUGGAGAGCCAAGAUUUCUGGGUUUAGACUUGCAAAACCUGUCAUUUCUGACGAAGAAAAGGAAGACAUUUUCUGGAAUAAACAUAUGACUCCAGGCAGAGAGGCCCAUUGGACACCUGAAUACCUUACUAAUGGUCAGGCCUCUCUACAGGUGGACGUAUUUGCAUUUGGAGUUGUUUUGCUUGAGUUAAUAUCAGGAAAAGAUUUGUCUAGGGAUGGGAAAAUCUUGAAGGAUUCAGUCCGUUUUUUAUUUGAUGGAGCGUUUGAAGAUUCUUCUCAUUGCUUGGAAAAGUUGAAGGAAUUCAUGGAUCCUGUUUUGGGAGGAGAUUAUUCAUUGGGUGAUGCUAUGUGCUUGGCAUUCCUGGCCAAGGGUUGCAUGGAGGAGGAUCCUCAUCAUCUACCCACCAUGAAUCAUGUUUUGAAAGCUCUUUCAAGAAUCGUAUAG